CCCUGUGAUGGUCGAUUGUGAUUUUGACACCACCGGGUCGCUGAAUCUUAUGCAAUGUCAGAGAGUGACGACAGUGAUGCAGAAGGAGGGCUUGGCAACGUGACAAGGGUAGUCUUAAGGCCACCGGGUCACAGUGGGAAGGCAAAACGGGGUCAUCUCUGCUUCGACGCUUCGUACGAAGGGGGAAAUCUGGGACGUGUGGAUUUUAUCUCCGAGUACGAGUACGAUCUAUUCAUUCGACCAGACACUUGCAAUCCUCGAUACCGACUAUGGUUCAACUUUGUCGUGGACAACGUCCGAGCUGACCAGAGAGUGAUCUUCAAUCUGGUGAACCUUUGCAAAAUCAAGACGUUGUUUCGAGAUGGGAUGACUCCGCUGGUGAAGACCUCUAGUCGUCCCAAAUGGCAGCGACUUCCAGGCAAGUACGUGUACUACCACAAGUCCCCAGAGCAUCGGAACCACUACAUUUUGUCAUUUGCUUUCGCCUUUGACCGGGAAGAGGACGUGUACCAAUUCGCUUUCAGUUUCCCGUACUCGUACUCUCGCUGCCAGGCCCACCUCGAACUCCUGGAACAGUUUCCUCAUUUCAAGAGAGAGACCAUUGGGGCCUCUCUACAAAAUCGAAAACUGGACAUCAUCACGAUAACUAACCUGCCACCGAGUGGACUUGUGGGGGGAAAACGACCAAAAAUGGUGGUCAUCCUGGCCCGAAUCAAUCCAGGAGAGACGCCCACGUCCUACAUUGCUCAGGGCUUAAUGGACUUCAUGGUCAGCAGCCACCCACUCGCAGGGGCACUCCGGGACCACACAAUCAUAAAAAUUGUGCCAAUGAUUAAUCCUGACGGGUCAUAUUUGGGAAAUUAUCGGACUUCGCUGAUGGGUUAUGAUCUCAAUCGACAUUGGAAUCAAGUCUCUCCUUGGUCACAUCCCACGCUUCAUACGAUAAAAAACGUUCUGAUCGACUUGGAUGCAAGCAAGACCAUCGACCUCGACAUGGUAAUUGACCUUCACGCCCACGCCAGUCUCAUGGGCUGUUUCAUUUAUGGCAAUGCCUAUGACGAUGUUUACAGAUUUGAAAGGCACAUUUUAUUCCCGAAACUGCUCGCCCAUAACGCGGAAGACUACAAUCCUUCACACACAAUGUACAACAGGGAUCCAAACAAGGCUGGAACUGCGAGACGGCAUUUGUGCGAAAUACUCCGAAAUACUGUGAACGUCUACACCAUGGAGGUUUCAUACUUUGGCUACACACAAGCUUUGUCCAACGCAAUCAUAACUUAUAAUGAAGAUGGAUAUUUAAGACUUGGCCGGAACUUGGCAAGAACUUUCUUUGAGUACUAUAAAGCCACUGGGAUCAUUCCACAGACAGUGUUAUCCGCCACAGCAGCAACAGCACCGGGGGAUGACAACAACGACCGAGGAGGAGGGCACAAGAACAGCAUGCGAGGAGGAAAAAGCCGACCAAGAGCAAGAUCUAGGACGAAGGGGAAAUCCCGGGAUAAAUCUCACACCAGGUCGCCAUCUAAUCCUAAAGACGGAAUUGCAGGAGCCAUCCCAGCUAACACUAAUGUUAAUGACAACGACAAUGAGGACGACGAAGGGGAGAACGAGAUGGACAAGACGGUGGUAAAACUGCCCCAAUUAACGAAAGAAAUUGCACGACAUUCGGACUCUUCGGAUAUCGACAGUUCCGACGAGGAGCAGGUGAAAGUCAGGGCGACGAAAAAUGGGACUAUUUUCCAGCAACAAUACAUCAGACGGAGGUCGUCCACGGCUAAUCCCCUCCUCCAAACAACCAGGUCUCGUACGGAUACUAAUGGAGACAAUGUCACUAAUGUGUCCAAUAAUCAUAAUGGAAAAGGCCAUACUGGGAAAAGUCACCAACCCACGGGGCGACCAGUUCAACUUCUCAACCUCUCCGAGACUUCUCCCCAACGGGGUCCGCUCUCCUUUACGUCUCAACCUAAUGAAGUUGAAGUGAAGAAGGCUGCUUAUCAAACUUUCGACUUCAGCAUUUUAAAAGAGCACCGUCAUCACGGGCAUGUAUCCAGGGAACUGCCUGGCCAUAACGGUGCAUCUGCUGUAUCCACCACCACCACCACGAGGCAUAAAGUGCGACGUUUCACGCACAAGCGUCCCGAUGAGACGGAAAACACAAGAAAAAUCGGCGGAGGUGGAAUAAUUGGGAGAAGAAAGGGACGGGUGCGAGAAAGUCGUCGUCGGGAAGUGCAAUCCGAGACGGAAACAGAGUCCCCUUGUUUGACAAUAAUUGAUUUCAACAUGUUAAUCCGUAAAGCGUUGGAGGGCCGGGGAAGUUAUGGUGGUGGGAAAGGGAGGGAUGGCGGAUGGCGGGGUUGGUCAUCUGGUCAUCGGUUGCGAGACCGAAGGGAGAUCAGUGGUCAUGCCACGGACGGCGGUGGUGGUGGACCUUCGAUCAUGUUAUCAGGGAGACGAAGGAACAAUGUGAGACGACGAAGAGCGAUCCUGCUUCGAGGAACGGUAACAGAUUGCUCCCCAUGGGAGGAGGAUGACGAGGACGCUGCUGCUGCUGUUGGCACGUUAUCAUCCGACUCCAGUGAUGAUGAUGUCCUCUCCCCUCACGCUGCCUCAUCCUUGAAGGGAAACCUCACAAGACGCGACUUUAAUUUGAAUAAGAAGGGAAACAGAAGACGAGUGGGGAGGCGGAAGAGAUCUCCGGCAACUCCAACCCUUUCUCCAUCUCCAAUAUUUCUUCCGCAAUAAUUCUUGUUCUCCCUCCUACUGUCGUCGCUUCGUCUGCUAUUAACACUUUGCAUUCUACACAGAAGAAAGUGAGCCAAGUGGGUAUGAAUCUGAAUUUUAGGCAGGGUCCCAAUUUUUUCUCCUGCCUCCUCCACUUUACCAAAACUUGUAAUAAAAACCAUGAGUCAUUUCUUUUCCAAAAUGGAAUUGUUCAACAAGAAGAAUUCUCUCUCUCUCUCUUUGUGUGUACUUAUCGUUAGAACGAGUCAGGGGUCAAAUGAAUUUAAUUUCAGCAAAAGCGUGAACAAGUCUGUUACCGAACCUCUUUCUUGCCAAGUACAAGUUUUGAUAAAUUAUGGUGCUUUCUUGUGGAAAGAACGGAACACAACGACGGCGAGGAGCGAGAGGUCCCACUGAUACACACCACGCUUGAAGAUGCACACAAUGUCCUACAUUUUCACACAUAUUUGCAUUUUGCAUAAGAAAAAGAACCACAAUUUAUAGAUGUUCAAUUCAAGUGACAGCACUGAUAUUCCAAAUAUGCAGCAGCAAAUCGCUGCAAAAAAGAAGCAAAAAUAAAAUCAUCUAAAAAUAAAAUCUGCAAAGUGUUAGAAUGGGCAAACGAAGUGUAUUGUGUUUAACUCCGUUUAAAGAAAAUAAAAUAGUGCACUUUUCCAUCCUA